AAGUCUUGGGGCAGUAGCAUUCAUACACUAUAAAGUAUAAACCUUCCCACCCUUAUCAUCUCAUCACUUCUAUCUCCUUAUCCCUUCUGCCAUGGCCUCUUCUUUUUCCAUUAUAGGAGUUUCCUCAAUUUACCAAACCAAUCCUUCACUGGAACUUUCUCGAAGACCCAUCGCUAACCCUCCUUUAUCUUUUCCUGAAAAAUCCCAUUUUCAUGUUCAUGUUCAUGUUCGUCUCAGACGUCCUUUUCUGGCUUCUGCUGUGGUAACUCCUAAUUCUUCGGUGCUUAGUGAAGAAGCGUUUAAGGGAAUUGGGGGUUUUGGGAAGGAUUCUUUGAAUGUUAGCGAAAAUGAAUACGAAUCUGAGAUUGAGGUUGAUGAUGAUGAAUCAAAUGAGGAUGAACUUUCUGUUUCUAAACUUGGUUUACCUCACAGACUUGUUCAAUCUCUUGAGAAGCGUGGAAUUACUCAACUUUUCCCAAUUCAGAGAGCUGUUCUACUGCCAGCACUGGAGGGUCGGGAUAUAAUUGCUCGUGCAAAGACAGGGACAGGGAAGACACUUGCCUUUGGUAUUCCAGUAUUGAAAAAGCUUAGUGGGGAUGAAGAAAUGAGAAAUACUCAGAGACGGGGACGACUUCCCAAAGUUUUGGUACUUGCACCUACUCGGGAGUUAGCCAAUCAAGUUGAGAAGGAAAUGAAAGAGUCGGCACCAUACUUGAACACUGUCUGCAUAUAUGGAGGUGUUUCUUAUGCUACACAGCAAAAUGCACUUUCCCGUGGGGUUGAUGUUGUUGUUGGAACUCCAGGUAGACUUAUUGACCUGAUAAACAAUAACAGCUUGAAACUGGGGGAAGUGGAGUAUUUGGUCCUCGAUGAGGCUGAUCAAAUGCUCGCAGUUGGAUUUGAGGAAGAUGUUGAAGUUAUUUUGGAAAAACUUCCACCACAGAGGCAGAGCAUGCUUUUCUCAGCUACCAUGCCUGGCUGGGUAAAGAAACUGGCUAGGAAGUAUUUGAACAAUCCUUUGACAAUUGACUUGGUUGGUGAUCAAGAGGAAAAGCUGGCAGAGGGGAUCAAGCUUUAUGCUCUAUCAACUACAGCAACAUCAAAACGAACUAUACUCGGUGAUCUUGUUACAGUUUAUGCAAAGGGUGGAAAGACAAUUGUUUUCACACAGACAAAACGAGAUGCUGAUGAGGUCUCAAUGGCAUUAUCAAAUAGCAUUUCUUCUGAGGCACUGCAUGGAGACAUUUCUCAACAUCAGAGGGAGAGAACACUGAAUGGAUUUAGGCAAGGAAAAUUUACUGUGCUAGUUGCGACUGACGUUGCAUCUCGUGGUCUUGAUAUACCUAAUGUUGACUUAGUUAUCCAUUAUGAACUACCCAACGAUCCAGAGACUUUUGUUCAUCGCUCUGGUCGAACGGGUCGUGCUGGAAAAGAAGGCACUGCUAUUCUGAUGUACACAGGUAGUCAAAGGCGAACUGUCAGAUCUCUCGAACGUGAUGCUGGGUGCAAGUUUGAAUUCGUUAGUCCUCCAUCUGUCAAAGAGGUUUUGGAGUCAUCAGCUGAGCAUGUGGUGGCUACACUUAAUGGAGUUCAUCCCGAAUCUGUUGAGUACUUCACUCCAACUGCACAACAGUUGAUGGAGCAACAAGGAGUAAAUGCCCUUGCUGCUGCACUUGCUCUUUUGGGUGGGUUUUCCAAACCGCCAUCUUCUCGAUCUCUACUAACUCAUGAACAGGGGUGGACUACAUUACAGCUGACACGUGAUUCUGUAUUAUCCCGAGGAUUCCUGUCGGCAAGAUCUGUUACUGGUUUCCUCUCUGAUGUGUAUUCACCAGCUGCUGAUGAAGUUGGCAAAAUCCACCUAAUUGCAGAUGAAAGGGUUCAGGGGGCCAUUUUUGAUCUUCCUGAGGAGAUUGCUGCAGAUCUACUAAAUCAGGAGUUACCACCUGGAAAUACUAUUUCCAAGAUUACCAAGUUACCUGCUUUACAAGAUGAUGGGCCAGCAAGUGAUUUCUAUGGGAAGUUUUCAAGCAGGGAUUCUAGGGGGACACGGGGAGGUUUUAGAGACCGUAGAGGCAGAAAUUCCCGGGGUUCUUCUAGUGGUCGUUUCUCUGAUAACGAUGAUGAUAAUUGGGGGAAUGACUUUAGGUCGCGAGGUGGCCGAACAAGAAGGGGAGGAAGUGAUUGGCUCAUCGGUGGUGAUAGGCGCUCUAGCAGGUCUCUAUCUGGAGGAAGCAGAGACAGAAGCUUUGGUGGUGCAUGUUUCAAUUGUGGGCGCAGUGGUCACCGAGCAUCUGAAUGCCCUAACAAAAGGGACUACUAGGUGUGUAGGUUGCCUCAUCCAGUUUCUGCCAUCCCUGAACAUGUGAUUGUAUGCAGUAUUUCCUGACAAAGCCAGCAGUGAAGAUAAAGGAGUUUGAGUUUAGGUGAUGCAUAUGAGCAACAGAAAGAUCGUACACUGUUCCCUCCAGAAAACACCAUCUCCUCAAAGCUUCACAUGGCCCUACUGAUGAUUGAUAGAUUUUCUGUUUCUCAAGCAUGUAAUCAGCUCCCAGUUAUUUCUCCUAGUUUAUUGAUGUUGUAGGUGAAGUGAGGGUAAGAUAUAUCAAACCUUAAGUAGAAAUGUGUCGGACUGCAGAUAGUCUCCCCAAUUUAUAUCGUAUCUUUAAGAAACAGAUGCAGCUUUUGGUGCGGGCUUGUCGAAUGUGCUAUAUUAUUGUAAGCAAGGUUCAUUUUAUUUUAGUAGGAGUAAUACUUGUGGUACCACUGAAUUCUGCAUCCUCAUUGUCUCAAGCUUGAUGCAUUUGGCUUUAUCCAGUUAACACUAAGUGACAAUAGUAAAGUAUCCUGUUUUAUUAUAA